UAACAGACAAUCAUCCCUUUGUUGUAAAUACAAUGCGUUGGUUAAGGAAGCCUGAGUGACAAAGCACAAUGCUUUAUUAAGGCACCCUCAUGGUUCACAAUGCUAACAAUCAUAGCAGCUCAAUAGUCUUGUCUAGUUUGUGACGAAAGAAAGGAGUCAUACAUCCGACCCUACCUAAUCAAAGAAACGCCAAUUCACUCAUCCCAUCUUUCUACCAAACAAAACCACGCCAUCAUUAAUGACUUGAAGUCUAUUUCCGCGGCGCGUCGCCGCUUGACUCUAAAACUGUUUUGACUUUUCACUACUCACCUAUCUAUGUCACUCGUUACUGACGCCAUGAUUCGGUAUUUAUGAACGCAUAGCAUAUUCAUUUCUAAUAGCAUAGCGACUUUUUAUAUUAUAUUUUAAUACUUGAUACUUAAUAUUUAAUAUUUCAUUCUUAUAUUACACACAAAUCCUACUAACAUAGGGAAUCCGGAGGAAGAUACCCGCCAUUAAAAGGAUCAGGGAAUAGGGAGCAGAUGGUACGCGAACAUCACCGUCACCGAAGCGCGGGCUCGGCCCGUAAAAGUAGCUUCACCACCAGCCUGAGGCGCAACAGCAGCGGUGGUUUUCUUUCAAGGGUCUUAGGGAGUUUUCGACAUAAGCAUCAUGAGGAGAAGGAGAAGAAGACGUCGGCGCAAGAUAAGGGGGAGCGGCAAGAUUGGAUGGCCAACUACAAAGGCACACAUCACCCCGACCGGCCGCAUGUCGACAAGCGCACUCAGGAGAUGGUAUCCGAUGAAGAGUACGCCGCGCGGCUCGGCUGGAUACGGAAGAUGAGCGAUCACGGUGGGCCGUCACAGGGCCCCGUCCCUAAUUUCAGUUAUUCGUCGACGAGCCCGAGGAGCCAUAGGAUGAGCUCCGUGUCCCCGACGUUCAACAAGACGGGGCAAUCAUUUCGCGACUGGGCACAAUCAAGGGAGACCGCUACUACGAAACCGGUCCUGGCCUCUCCAGUAUUGCCUGGCGUUGGGAUGAUACGAAUAUACAACGCGAGUGCCUUAGACCGAGGCCCUAUCAUCCGGUACAGCGAGGGGUCCGAGAAACGUGGAUCUCCGCCGCCAAGGAAGAUAUCUACCACUAGCCAGCCUUCCAAGAGGCGUGGCUCAAGGGGUUCGAUGCUCGGGGAGAAGAGAACCGCGGCUGAUAUCGAGAUAACUAAGCUGCUGAACCGCGAGCCUAAGACGCCGAUAUACAACGGCUCUUCUACCAGCGAACACGCACCCGGCCUCAUCCUAAAUUCCUCACCAGAUUCACCUAUAGCACCACAAACAUGUCCCUGGCGCGGCUGCCACGCCGUUCUUAGCAUAGCGCAAGAGAAAGAGGAUAACCUCUGUACUAGAUGCCGCGAAGCCCUAUUUCCCCGAGAAAGCGCAUUCUUCGACCCGUCUCCGCCCGUCAUCCAGGACACCCAUCUCGAAACGCUACACGCUCUCACCGGCUCUCCUACCACUACUAAUGCCGGGGAUAUCCAAACCCGCACCAUCCGCAGACGACCCGCUGGCCUCGACAAGCGUUCUAGCACUGGGAGUUUUAAGCUACUCCCCGCGCCGCGGGGGAAGAGGCGGCAUAUUGCCGAAGCGCGGAGGAGGGCUGGUGAUGAUGAUGAUGGUGAUGAUGAGGGUAGUGAUAGUGGUAGCGGCAGCGAGAAGGAGAGCGGUAACGAAACAGACGGGUCGGUCUGGAGUCCUUUCUCGCCGGACCGCAAGCAACAAACUAGUCCCGGAAUCCAAGACGCUGGCCCGUUUUCUCCGCUUAACGAGGGGAUUUUCGGAACUAGUCCUAGGGCUUUAGGUAUCAGAUUUGACGGGGGGGUCGAGAAGGACGGUAGUCGCCACGUGGACGAGAACAGCGACAAGGAAGAAAAAGAAGAAGAAGAAGCAGAACCCCCCUCCCCACACACCAAGCCCCCCAGCGACAAAUCCUGGACAACAGAAAUGUACUCCACCUCGAGCAGCAGCAACGGGCUCAUGUCCCCAUACUCCCACCCCGACAUGGAAAUAACGCGAGACCUGUACCCGCCCCCGCUGAUCGCCCGUAUCCAAAGCGGCGAGCGAGGCCCCCAGCCACGGCGUCCGAGCAGGGUCUUCCGCUCCAGGGACACGCUGCUGUACAGGGAGAUCGAGGAUAUAAUCGACUGCUACGCAUACCCCGAGGAGACGGAGACGAAGACGGGGACGGGGACGGGGACGGAUAUAGCGGAGCAGGAGCGCCACAAGGCCGAUGCUGUUGCGUCGUACUUUCCGGACGAGGCGGAGGCGGAGGCGGAAGAUAUGAGGAGGAGGGGGUUUAUCUAGGGGCGUCUAGUUAGGUCAGGUCAGGUCAGGUCAGGUCGACUUAAGUUAGGCCUGGUUGAGUUAGAUUAGAUACCUAAGGUAGCAGCAU